AAGCAGCGGGCAGCGGGGCCGGGCGGCUUUCCCGGGCUCUCGCUGCCCUCCCCCGCCUCCCCGCACCUCCCCGAGCGGCCGCGGGGCUUCCCGGAGCUGCGGCCGGGGCGGCGGGGAAGGCGGGCGCAUGGAGAUGCAUGUUCCAUUUGUCCUGUGGGCCUUCCUCUUUUUUGGAGUGGUCAGUUCCAGUCCAGUCCCAAGCAAGCUUUUUGGGGAGAUCAGAUCCCCUGGUUAUCCCAAGCCAUAUCCCAACAAUAACAUCAGCACCUGGGAUAUCCGUGUCCCAAAAGGCUAUGUGGUGAAGCUGACCUUCAGAUAUUUUGACCUAGAGCCAUCUGAGUCCUGCUUCUAUGACUAUGUUAAGAUCAAAGCAGACAAGAAGAACUUGGGCCGAUACUGUGGCCAGCUUGGGUCGACCACAGGCAAUCACCCAGGAAGGAAAAAAUUUGUGUCUAAGGGGAACAGGAUGCACCUGGCAUUUCACUCUGAUUUCUCCAACGAUGACAAUGGCACAGUGAUUCCCUACAGGGGCUUCCUGGCCUAUUACCAAGCUGUGGAUCUUGACGAAUGUGACCCUAACAAUGCUGCUGAGGAAGAUGAAAGGCCUCAGUGCCAGCACUUCUGCCACAACUAUGUGGGGGGCUACUUCUGUUCUUGCCGGACUGGCUACCAGCUUCAGAGUGACCACCACUCCUGCAAAGUGGAGUGCAGCAGUGAGUUGUACACAGAGGCCUCUGGGUACCUGAGCAGCCCUGAGUACCCCCAGCCCUAUCCGGAAGAGCUCCGGUGUAACUACAGCAUCCGUCUGCCAAAGGGCCUGUCUAUCACCCUCAACUUCUUGGAACCCUUUGAGAUUGAUGACCACCAGCAAGUCCACUGUCCUUAUGACCAGCUCAAGAUCCAAGCACGAGGGAGAGUGAUUGGUGAAUUCUGUGGCAAGAAGUCACCUGACAGCAUUGAAACCAACAGCAAUGAGGUGGACAUACUCUUCCUCACUGAUGAGUCAGGGUUCAGCCGUGGCUGGAAGAUCCACUACACCUCAGAGAAAAUAAAGUGCCCACAGCCUGUCCCACGGGACCAGUUUACCAUCAUCAGAGACCUGCAGCCUGUGUAUCAAUUUCAGGACUAUUUUGUUGCCAGCUGCAAGACCGGGUAUAACCUGAUGGAGGGCAACCAGAAGUUGCUGUCCUUCACGGCUGUCUGCCAGGCUGAUGGGACGUGGCAUCAAUCCAUGCCCCGCUGUGAGAUUGUGAACUGUGGGAACCCUGCAGACCUGACCAAUGGGGCAUUCAGCUAUGUUAAUAAACCUGCAAACAACACCUACCAGUCAGUGAUCACAUACCGCUGCAAUGAGCCCUAUUAUCACAUUGUCACUGGAGCAGGUGGUGACAGAUUCACCUGCUCUCCUGAGGGAACUUGGGUGGAUGGAGAUGGCCAGGUGAGGAUUCCUGCCUGCUUGCCAGUGUGUGGGAAGCCAGUCAAUCCUGUUACCGCAGUCGAGCGGAUCCUGGGCGGCAAGUCAGCAGGGAGAGGGAAUUUCCCUUGGCAGGCUCUGACUGGCAUCCAAGGACGAGGGGGUGGUGCACUCCUGGGCGACCGUUGGAUCCUCACUGCCGCCCACACCAUCAUCCCCAAAGGGGCAGGAAGGAAUGAGGUGAGUCUGGACCAGGUAGCAGAGGAUGCUAAUAUUUUCCUCGGCCACACCAACGUAGAAGAGCUCUACAAGAUAGGUAACCACCCUGUACGAAGGAUCUUCAUCCAUCCAGAUUACAACCCUGAAGAUGAGUAUAACUUCAACGGGGACAUAGCUCUGCUGGAACUGAAAUACCCAGUAACCCUGGGCCCUACAGUUCUGCCCAUCUGUCUCCCAGAUACUGCCAACACCACGUUCUAUGAGGAUGGGCAUGUAGGCUAUGUGAGUGGCUUUGGUGUGGAGAAGAACUUUGUUUCCAAUGACUUGAAGUAUGUGAGCCUGCCGGCGGUCGCUCGAGAGAAGUGUCAGAGUUGGCUGGAUAGUAAGAGGCGAGAUAUACCUGUAGUUUUCUCUGAGAACAUGUUCUGUGCCGGCUUCCUCACAAUCAAACAGGAUACCUGCCAGGGGGACAGUGGGAGCAUCUUCACAGUGUUAGACACACAGAGUGGUCGUUGGGUGGCUACUGGUAUUGUUUCUUGGGGUAUCGGCUGUGCCCAAGGCUAUGGCUUCUACACGAAGGUCCUCAACUAUUUGGACUGGAUCAAGGGGAUAGUAAGGGAGGAUAGGCUCUAACUGUUGUUGUUCUGCUACCUGGAGCAUCAAAGAAGAAUAAAAUAAUAACAAGAAUAAGAAUCAAACAAGAAUAAAAAAAAAAAACAAAACAUACCAAUUUCCAAACACAGUAAAGCUUUUGAUGACAUCCCAAAGGCUUUUCAAACACUUAAACCAUGUAACUUUCAUCAUGAGCACUUCUGAAAGCCACCGUAUUGUUUGAAGAAUUCUUGGUGGUACUAUCAAGACUUAGAAAAGCUGCUGCACCAUUGGCAGCUUGUGGGAUGCCUUUGUGGAUGUUCUGGUUCUUCCAAAUCUCAUUAGUGGAUGAAGCCUGAACAGUGUCAGGAAAUCUCAUGACAGCAAACAUCUUACUGUUUGAAGUCCUGAGGAUGUCAUCAGAAUACUUUAGCCUACUUUUGUACUUCAUAGUGUCAGAUGUUUGCAGGGCAGCAGACUUCCUUGAAGGAUGUGGUGCUUUGUGCUGAGUGUGCACAUGCCACACAUGUGGCAUCAGUAAGAUUCUGUUACUAUUAAAAUCAUGGCUGGAGAAACCA